AACCGCCAAGGGGAUCAAUUUUACCCCCAAGCCUUUUCACACAUACAAAUUCUGCAUCUCUUAUUUCAAGACUUUCCCUAAAAUGGGUUUAAUUAUCAUCCGGUGCUUUAUGUGUGGGAUAAAAAAAACAAAGAAAAUCUGAGCAUUUAUACCUAGACCUGCUGAGGGGGGUACAUUUCACCCCUGAUGAAAACGCAUGUCGCGAGUUGCUGUUAUUGACAGCUGUCUGCGAGCCGAUGGACGUUUGCGCCGAUGGAUGUUCACGCCACUGGUCCGGUUGAUUAGCAACGCCUGUUGUAGAGAAGUUUGAUAAGGAAACUUGUCAGAUCACCAGCAAUAUACACCAUAGGUUAGAGAUUCAGAUAAAACAUGGACCCUAACAGAAGAAUGAAUGUGGAAGAACCUUUGGCAAUGCUCCAGGCGAUGAGCGAGGACCAAUCUGAUGGGGGAGAGAAAACGGAGGGGGAAUCUGAUGAGGGAGCGGUCAAUGAUUCGUCAUUUUUAUCGGAGGAGGAGGAAACCUCGUCUGAGGAUUGGGAGCCGACAUCCCGAAAAAGGCCAAGGGUUCUGUUGGCAGAGAGACCACCCACCUCUCUACCCAGAUUAUCGCAUCAGCCUGCUGACGCUGUGAGAGAUGUACCAGUGUCGGCCCAUCAUGAUUCGCUUGAGACUGGCAUGGAUGGAACUGUCUGGAAAACAGAGAAUCCUGGACCGCUGACUGGGAGAGUGCAGUCUCACAAUGUGUUGAUAGAAGAAGCCGGCCCUACUGCACACGCACGCCGCAACAUAGGCGACCCUCUGGGCGCAUUAAUGUGUCUGAUGGACCCUGUGAUGCUGCAGCACAUCUGCGACUGCACGGUGGCAGAGGCGCGGCGGUGUGGAGAGGCAGGAUGGGAGUUGGGCAUGGCUGAGCUGAAGGCGUUUAUUGCACUCCUCUUAGCGCGGGGCGUGCACAUUGGGAGAAACGUAAACGUGGAGGAAUUGUGGUCUCAAGAAUGGGGUCUUCCCUUCUUUAGCACAACUAUGGCAAGGGGUCGGUACCGAGAAAUAAUGCGCUUCCUGCAUUUUGAUGAGAAAGACACCAGGCACAUUCGUCUUGAAAAUGACAAGUUUGCCCUGGUGAGUGAGGUGUGGAACAGGUUUGUACAAAACAGCAUCGCCUGCUAUAAACCAGGGUCCGAAAUAACUGUAGCUGAGCAGUUGCUCCCCACAAAGUCACAGUGCCCCUUCACCCAGCACAUGCCCAACAAACCAGACAAAUAUGGCAUUCAGUUCUGGCUCGCUGUUGAUGUUGAAUCCAAAUACAUGUUGAAUGGAUUUCCGUAUCUCGGGAGGGAUCUGUCCCGCUCUGCAGCCCAGAGCCUGGGGGAGAGUGUUGUCCUGGAGCUGAUGGAGCCGUUUUUGUGGAAGCGGAGGAAUGUGACGACUGACAGCUUUUUCACCUCACUCCCCCUGGCCCACAAACUCCUGGCCAAAAAUACAGGCUUGGUGGGCACCACUAAUUCAAAAAACAGAUCACUGCCUCCUUCUGCACACCGACAAGCAACACUGUUCACCACCAAAGUGAUGCAGAGCGACGGAGUGACGCUCACAAUCUACCAGGGGAAAAACGGGAAGAAGCUGUGCAUCCUCAGCACAAUGCACGCCUCGGUGGAGAUCUGCGCUGACGCAGAAAGAAAGCCAGAGACAGUCCACUACUACAACAGAACCAAGGUGGGAGUUGACAUGCUGGACAAAAUGCUGAGACGGCACUCUGUCCGAGCCGCAACCAGAAGAUGGCCAGUCGCUGUGUUCUACAACAUUCUGGACAUUGCUGCAAUGAACGCGUGCGUCCUUUACCGGAGCUGCACGGGUUCACACAUGGCCCGGCGAGUGUUUAUCCUGGAGCUGUGUAAGCUGCUGCGCGAUGAGCACAUCAGUAAGCCCCCAGUGGACAUCCUGCCAACAUUCCCCAACAAGAGAAGGAAUUGCGGUGUGAAGCGCAACUGCACAAACAACAAAACCACAAAGACAUGCAUGGAGUGCCGGCGCGGGGUGUGUGGACAGUGCACGGGAAGAGUCCACAUCGUGUGUGCCGAUUGCGUGUGUGGCCACAGGAGCACAAUCACAACUAUUUGAGAAAAUGCCUAUCCGUGAUGGCAUUAUUUCUUAAUUUUGUCACUAAUCAUCUCUUUUUAAUGCCUGACUUUAAUGUUUGUGUAGUUGCUGUUGCAGUAUACAUUAAUAUUUCGAUCAAGUGGGCUGCCUCUGUGUAAAAUCUGUUGCGAGAUAGUGCUAUGCUAGCAACCCAAAACACGUUUAGAUUUUCAUAUAUUUUCUAAUGUCGAGUUUAAUGGUUUAUAAAGUGUUAAUGUGUUAUUUCCUUUUUUGUUUGACUGUUGUAAAUUACUGAAUAGUUUCCAAAUGUUAUUCAAAAUGCAUCU